AUGAGAGACAUCAUAGAACAGCUACGAAUGCACCUUGCCACAACACAAAAUAAACUUGAAAACAUUAUUCUAGACAGUAACGACCUCCGUUCACAAGUGACCAACCUUAUUAAAGAAAAUAACACAUUAAAGGCUUUGCUAUCCAAAACACCGCCAAAGAAAAGUAAAUCAAAUUGUAGCACCAAAAAGAAAGUUAGAAGUUCCCUGCGAUAUUCAGAUGUAAAUAUAAUAACCACACCGCCCAGGGCAUCCAGUGACAACAAGGCAGAGGAAUUCUCUAACAGGAACAUCCUAACCGUCGAACAGAAUCUUAAAGAUCUCGAGCUGCAACUGAAUUCAGCCAAAAAUGAAAUAGCGGACCUUAGUAAUCAAAUCAUAACCCUUCAAAAGGCAGUCCAAGCUAAAGAAUUCGAAGAAUCCUCGCUAAUUCAGCACACGAUUAAUUUAAAUUCAGAAAUUGAUAAAAGUAAGAGACCCAAAUUGUGUAUCAUGACUAACAGCUCAUUCUGGGGUACGCUGUCAGCUGUUGAUGCUACGUUCAAUAAACAGUUUGACUACAUCCGCUAUUUCUCGCCGAAUUGUAAUAUUAAAUAUUUACUUCAGUACAUUGAUAAAAAAUUGCAUGGACACGAUAUGUGGGACUAUUGUAUUAUUAUGAUAGGUGAAAGAGAUUUUAGAACUACAUGUGAUUGUAUAGAGUUAGUAAAAACCAUAAGGGAAGCAUAA